CACACUCACACACACUCACUGACUGCAGGCUUCGCUAUGCUCGCGCUCACCCUGUGGAUUAUCGUGUUGUGGAGCUCCGCGCGCGCAGACGCGAGGAAACCCGACGAGUUCUUCAGCGCGAGCGUUUAUCGCGCGAGGUGCGCGUCGCGGUGUCUCAGUCUGCACAUCACGCGCAUUUCUGCAGCUUUCAAGCAUUUACAGAGCAAUGGAUCAUUGGUGUGGUGUCAGAAUCACAAGCAGUGCUCAAAGUGUCUGGAGCCUUGCACGGCCUCAUGGGACCUGAAGGAGAACCAGUGUCAGGACUUGUGUGAGACUCAGUUCCCGAAGAAGCACUACGAGUGUCUGACGAGCUGCGAGUUCUUGCGUUCGGUGGAGUCGCUGAAGCAGGGCGGGUGUCCGGCACCGGAUCGAGCCAGUGGGUUCGCAGCGGCUUGUGUCGAGAGCUGUGAGGAAGACAACGAGUGCUCGACUAUAAAGAAAUGCUGUCCCAAUGGAUGCGGACACACCUGCCAGACCCCCAAGAACCUCUAUAGAGGAUCUCCCCUGAAGCCGCGGAAGGAGCUGGUGUUUUGGGAGCAUCCGUCGGGAAAACUGGAGGUUCGCUGGUCGUCGCGGUUCAACGUCUCGGUGGAGCCGGUGCUUUACGUGUUGCAGCGGCGCUGGAACUUCGGGAUCCACCCCAGCGAAGACGACGCCACCCAGUGGCUGGAUGUGGCACAGGUUGCUGAAGAGCGGGUCGUGUUGAGCGACGUGAGGCCGAUCCGCUGGUACCAGUUCCGUGUGGCGUCGGUCAAUGUCCACGGCACUCGCGGGUUCACGGCUCCCAGCAAACACUUCCGGUCCUCCCGAGACCCGUCUCCUCCUGCGACCCCUGCGGGACUGAGGGCCUCUAACCUCACGCUGGGUCCCGAGGGUCUGAUGAGCGCUCGACUCGACUGGACUCUUCCGGCAGAAUCCGAUGUUCCCGUUCAUCACUUCAGAGUCUCCUGGACCUGCAGCGUCCCGGGACAAUCCCCGGCGCCCCGGAGGAAGAGGAGGAAGACCAUCGACGGGGCGGAGCGCUGGACGGCUCUGGACGGGCUUCAGUGGAACUGCAGUGGCUCAGUGGAGGUCCAGGCCGUGUCGUACUGGGGUCAGCGCCGACUCAAGAGUGCCAAAGCCUCCGUUCACAUCGACACACAACAACACACUCAGUCAAAGGCAGUUUCUAAAGUGAGGAAAGUGUCUGUGAAAAAACCCUCGAGCGCUCUGGGAGUCGGCACACCGUAUUACAAGAACGGAGAACUACAGGUGCGCAUCUACUGGAAGAAGAGAACAGAUGUGUCGGGGAACCGUUAUCAUGUUCAGUGGAAGCAUGAAUACUGCAACCACAACCAGAGCCGAGCGCCGGAGAAAUCAGUCACUCAGGAGAACUACAUUAAUCUCCCCAACCUGCUGUUCUCCUGCAUGUACACGGUCACGGUUCACACACUCAGUGCGAGACAGCGCUCCUCGGACGAGAGCAUAGGCUUCCUCACGCCGUCCUGUGAGAUUAUCCGGAGCAAGAGCCCGAAGCCCAUCGCCUGUCCCGGUGACCCCGGCCCCCUCCACAGGACCGUGCCGGCGAAGGUUUCGGCUCAGCCUGAGAAUCUGACAGCGACCUUCACUCUCCACGACGGGAACGUGACGGGUCACUUCCGCUGGAGGGGGUCGCGACCCCAGUCUCAUCAGCCAAUCACAGGCUUCCAGGUCACAUGGGCUGAGUUUUCCACGGAGAGCCGUCAGAACAGUCUUCCCAACAGCAUCAUCUCGCAGUCCCAGAUCCUGCCACCUAAUCAGAACCUCCUGGUGGUGUCUAACCUGCGGCCGGGCACGUUCUACCGGGUAGAUGUGCAUGUGAUCACCGCGACUGGAGAAGGACCCGCGGCGAAGAGAGUGUUUCUGACGCCCAGCCGGCCGCCGAUUCAGCGAAAAGCACAACUUCAUCAGCAUCACCAUCAGAAGUCUUCAGUGGAGAAACACUGAACCGGUCAGAACACGAAACACAACAUGCAGCGAAUCGCAGUUUUCUUCAGACGCUCGAACCUUCAUUCUUCAA